UCUAUCGCGGCGUUGAGUUGCGUCAAUCCGGCUGGCUACAAGGCUGUUGACCCAGUUAAUGGUUAUCAUAAUAAUAAUGUUCUAAUAUUAUUUUGCCGAUCCGCGUAGAAUACGUUGCGACGGCGAUCAGUCCUCCUCUGCUGCAGUUUCCUGAAACUAUGGCUCGGUGGCGCACGGACCAAUUCGCGACAGUGCCGUUCGUAUACACAACGUUCCCAGUCGCGGUGCAAUUAGUAAUAGCUGCGGUGGUGGGUCUAUCUUCGUCAGUGUCAGGUUCGGAAUGGACUAACUCGACGGACGUAAUCCGGGUAGUUCAGUUCAGCAACAGUCUGGUACCUCCUCUGUUUAACCAUUACUCCAGAGGCCGAGACAACCUGGUUUUGGCGCCUUUCGGGGUGGCUACUAAUGUGGCCAUGAUGCUAGAAGGUUUGCAAGGUCGGGCCGCCGAAGAAGUAACCGCUUUGUUCCGGCUCCAAGCAAAGGAAGUGCGCCAACAGCUGAGGAGAGGUUUUAAAAUGAUUUUUGAUUCGUUCGGGGAUGACUCGGAUGGUGAUUUUGCCGGAUCUUACAACAAAGCAUCUGUGACCAGUUCCCGAGUUAUGCCAUCGUCAUACAUUAACAGACUUUCGAAAUAUUACCAGGCUAAUGUUACCACAAUAAAAAGCGAGCAUUCGAACAACAGCUUAAGUGAUAUUCUAGAACUAAGGAGCGAUACUGGAAUAAUAAGUCACUGGAAAGACUACCAAAAACUAGCCACAUACACUUACUUAACUUAUCAGCCAUCAGCACCGUUUACUAAAGCUGACGGUUCAAUUGUCCAUGUCCCAAUGAUACCACAGACAGGAAUGUUUAAAAUCGGAUACGUACCACAAUUAAAGUGUUUAGCUGCUGAACUAAUGUUUGAGACCGACAAAGUGAGCAUGCUCAUUAUGAUGCCGGACGACGUUAACGGUUCCGAGUUGAUGAUCGAGCGGCUGUCCAAAGAUAACUUCUUGGACAUUCUGGACUCACUGGGCUACCAGAACACAGAGGUUCUAUUGCCACAGCUAGCUGCAUUCACAAAUGGUCUGGAUUUGGAAUCGUUCUUCAAGAAGCUUGGCGUCAAGGCAGCUUUCAACCAGACGAUGGGUGGCGGCGCCGACAACAAAACUUCAUCGAUGAGUCGCGGUCACGAGUCCAAGUCUCCCGUAGUCACUUUGGUAUCGAUGAAACAAAACGCGUACUUUUCAAUGUCGUUUAUCACAAUCAAUUCAGUUGGCUCGGUUGGCACAAAGUUAGGUAUCCGUCCGUCUGCUUCGAGACAAAGACGAGGCAUUGCUACUAAAGCAGUAUUUGACAGACCGUUUGUAUUUUUUGUUUAUAACAAAUUAACUGGACUAAUUAUGUUGGCAGGUAAAAUAACAAAUCCUACACAAGUGCCUACCACAAGUUAG